ACAACUUAACAACUGAUUAAACGUCGUUAUUUUGUCAACCUAAAUAAAAUAUAUUUUCCCGGAAUAAGUGGAAAUUAUUUUCUUACUGAUAUGGUCACACCCGCUUGUGACGAAGUUCAAUACAACACCGCGUGCUAGUGUGUAUCGGUGUCUUUGUGUUGACUGCUCGUGUAAAUGUGUGCGUGAUACUUGUUUUGUUAAUUUGGUAGCGUGGCUAUUCCUGACCAGUUUUAAUUCAACGGAGUUACGAACAAUACGUUACAAGAUCUAUUAAUUUACAUUGUGUUGUGCAUAAUAUAUUUACGUAAAUAAAUUGAAGGACAAAUGUUUAUUUAACGCCGGUUUCCGCAGUGAAACAGUUCCAUAUUUGUGUUGAGUAAAUACAGUCAUACAGUGUGUGGACAAACCAGUGUCAUUAUAGUGAUAAGAAACAUAAACAAGUCGAGUUUGUGUUUUAUAAGACUGAUAAAAGGUUAUAAUAAAUAACUCGUCUAAUAAUUGUAGUUUGUGAGUUGACUGGUUGGUAUUCCGCCGUUAACUAUUUUUGGCGAUUACGUCAUGUUUCGGGAGUGGUCCACAGACGUUAAAUAAUUAGAACAAUAAUUGUAAUUCAACGUGUACAAUGUCGCACGUGGUGUCGUCCCAGCCCUCGGCCACAUCGCCGUACCAGCCGACGGCGAUGACAGAAACUGGCCAGGAGAAACCCGAACCCCCAAGAAUCCACGGAUCACUGAGCGAAACCGGGCAGGACGACUGCUGCAUCAGCACAAGGAAUCGGACCGGCCUUGGUUACGUGUGUUGUAAACUGUUGUCCCUGUGUUGCCAGGGCAUAAAAAACUGCACGGAAAGCUGCUGCGACUCCUGCGCUAAUUGUUUGAACGAUUGCUGCGAGGAUAAACCCAGAGAUAGGAGAAGGAACUACAACACCAGAUACUCCAACUACAGCGGGACUAACAAUUACUAUGACAACAAUAUCAACGACGACGCGACUUGGGGCCUCAGUAGUCUGUCGGACACGAACAUGCAUGUUGGGGUCGGGAAUAACGAUAUAAGUCGGGAUGAUGACUUGAUAACGCAUACGAGUCACCACACAACUUGUCAUGAUUCCUCUAUGCACCACUCUAGCCACCAUUCUGGCGGGCACCACGACUCUAGUGGGCACCACGACUCUGGUGGUCACCACUACUCUGGUGGGCACCACGACUCUGGUGGUCACCACGACUCUGGUGGUGGUCACUACGACUCUGGUACUUGUGACGCCGGUGACACCGGUGGUGGUGGGGAUUCUGGUGGAGGCUGUGACUCUGGCGGAGGCGGAGACUCUGGCGGAGGCGGAGACUCAGGCGGUGGUGGCUGUGAUGACUAAAAUAUACAAUUACGUGUUUUGCAACGUAUGCGGCUUAAUACAUAGGCACAACAAAUGGACGAUCAUUAAUAGUUUUUUGCCCCGAGCCGUUUAAUAAUUUGCCGUUUGCCAUUUACAGUAUUGUAUUUUAUUUAUUUAUUUAACAAUGCCAUGUGUAAAAUAAAUAAAUAAAAGCAAACGACAAACUUGGCUUAUCUACUAAAGUCAAUUAAUUCAAUUAUUGGCUAAACUCUUGGCGUUCGUUGAGCCCAUGUAUUGGCAACAUAACACGAAAGGUUGUGUUAGAAUUUUAUAAAUUGUUCAAAGUAAAUGUUACCAGCCUAUAUAUACUGCUUUUCUAUAGAAGUAAAAACUGCUUGGUACUUACAUUGAGGCCUUAAAACUAGUUUGUUGUAAUAACAUGAUAAGAGUUAACUCAUAAUUAUAAGAUUAAGGAAUUGUGAAACUGUUGUCUUAGCACUUGUAUUUUAUCAUGCGUCUGAUUAACUAGGAUGUUUUGUAAACUGCGACAUUUUGACGUCAAUAUGAGUUUUUUAAUGUCGUAAAACUAAAAAAGCUGUAUAGUUCAUCUUUAUGUUGAUAUCUCACAAAAUAACUAUAAAGUACCAAAAAGUUAAUACGUACUUAAAACACACCAUCCAAAGUAGACAUAAUACUCGAAUUCCAAUGCCUCAUUGACUCGUGAUGACAACACUAAUUAAGUUUUCCCUAACACAUACCUAUUAGAAUCUCAUAACUCAUUGAAUUCCACUCGAUAAUUAAAAAGUAACGAAAUUCCUUCGAUUCCUAUUAGCGGUAAAAGUAAAAUUACAUAUAACCUCAAUUUUUUUUUACAAGAAACGGUACUUUCGACCUGAUUUACUUUUUGUUUAUUUUUACUAUGUGCUAUAUAAAAAUAAAAUAAAAUAAAAUAAAAUAAAUAAAAAGGUAAACUGUAGUUUUUAUGUCAAGAGUUUUUACGAAGCACAAGCCAUAGUUUUAAAAGUAAUGUUAUAUAAGUAUUAUUCUAGGCUAUUAUUAAAAGAAACGAAUCUAAAUGUUGUGAAAAAGUACCAAGUUAUGAUGUAGGAUUUUUACCAUAUUUAUUAUAUUAUGAUGUGGUCAAACCGCAGAUAAAAUUGUACCUAAUGGUAUUUUUAUACUCUACGGAAUACAUUGCUGAGGCUAUGUUUGCAUUUACCUAUAAUAUCGGGUAAUUUUUGUAAUAAUACUCUUAUUAAAUAGUAAAUAAAAUAAUUCAUCCCCAAAGUGCAAAAUUGUGAUUAAUUCGACUGAGGAAUAAUAAAAAAACAUCGUUAUCGUUCCUUUAAAAUGUACUAAGUAACGUCAAAAAUCCCGCCAAAAAUUGUAUGCGGCGUAUUAACGUUAUUUAGUUUUUUUCCUCAAUCCAGUCAAGUCACAAAGGCCAGUCAUAGAAAAACCUGUUCCAUGAGUUUUUAUUGUGUUCGAAAAUAUUUUGGAUUGCUAAUGUUCUGAGAACUAGUUUUCCGUCAUUUAGUUGAAAUCUCAUUCUUAACUAUUAGUGAGUCAGUUGUAGAAAAUCGAAUAGAUCAUGAUAUAUAAAGAUGAAAUAAUUGUGUAACGCAUGAAACAAGGAAAUAGAAAAAUACUGUACAAUGUUCUUUCAGGUGCUUUUUUUCUAUAUCUAUAGGUAAUUUAUUAAACGGCUGAGAUUCCUCAAAAAUAUUGUUUUCUCGUCAAACACAAAACCUUUUUAAACUGUGUUCUAUUAACCCGUAAAUAAUAUAUCUAUUUCUCUAUUCAGACCGUUUUACGAUAACUUGUCUUAGUAGGUAUUGUCAAUACAGUUGCUAAUAAAAAUUUUGGUUAAAACCAAUUAUUGUACUUAAUUAUCAUUUAGAUCGUCACUUUGACUGAAGUGUAUGAAUUGACCGUUAAGUACAAAGACUAUGGUCAGCAGUGAAAGACGAUCAAUAAAAUCUCAUUUACAAACUGGAAAAAAGACGUUUAAAGACCCAAAACUCGUGUGAACAGUAAUUGGAAAUUAAGUGAGGGACGGUACACUCAAGAUCAAUGCAAUUAACUUCCAAUUAUUGUAUUGGCAAGCUUAAGGAAUAUAAUUAAUUUCAAAUUUAAUUCUAUCGCCAUUCAAUCGGCCAUUGUAAAUGGCAGAAUCGGGGCCCUGGGCUUUUGUUGCCAACUCUACCAUUAUGUAAAACAAAAAACCUUAGGACUUAGUUAUUAAACUAUUUUAUAAUUCUUUUUACAUUUAUAAUGCACAAAAGGUAUAUACAAUACUACCUGUACAUAAAAAAAGUACUUAUAACAUUUCUAGUUUUUUUUGGGCUUGAAUGUUUCAAGUGAUAUUUAUAUACUAGUAAUUUUAUAAUGAAUUGUCUCAAAUUAAAUAUGAUUUUUGAUGUACUAUAGACCUAAUAUUACCUACAUACGAUUAUAUUAUAUACAUGUUGAGAUGUUGUAUUAAAAUAGAUUUAUUAAAAAUAUAUGUUUAAUUGGA